CAUAAAUAUUUUAUUAAAAAAAAUGAUAUUCUUGAGAAUAGGUUGUAUUGUAUGAGAGAUUCCAACCUCCUAUGUUGUCCUGUCCCCACCAUCCAUCCACACAUUUUAUAAAACCCCACUUUCCUCCUUUCCAUCCCCUCAUCACAACCUUCAUUUCUUACCCUCCCUUAAGUUUUUUCACAUCAUUCUUCCAUUAUACCAAUUAAUCACACAAAACCAAACAACAAAAUGUGCAGCUCCAAAACCAAAGUAACAACAGUAGGCAUAGAAAUCACAACCACAGCCACAUCGCCUGUUGCCAAAAUCAAUGGCAGACCUGUUCUUCAGCCAACUUGCAAUAGAGUUCCAAACAUUGAAAGAAGAAACUCAAUCAAGAAACUUCCACCACCAACAUUACCACCACUUCAAACCAAAACUUCAUCAACACCUCCACUUUCACCCAAGUUAUUAAAGUCACCAAGGCCAACACCAACACCAACAAAGAGAAUCAAUGAAAGUAAUCUCUUGAACACAAGUUCUGAAAAGAUUGUAACACCAAGAAACUCAACUAAGACUUUAACUUUAAAAAAGUCCAAGAGUUUUAAAGAAGGGUCAUGUGGUAACUCUACUGAAUCAUCGUUGAGUUACUCUUCUAGUUUGAUCACUGAUUCACCAGGAAGUAUCGCUGGUUUGAGGAGAGAACAGAUGGCAUUGCAGCAUGCUCAGAGAAAAAUGAAGAUUGCUCAUUAUGGAAGAUCAAAGUCUGCAAAAUUUGAAAGUCUUGUUGUUCCUCUUGAUACAUUAAACAAUCUUGCUUCAAAAACAAGUCAAGUGGAGGAGAAAAGAUGCAGCUUUAUCACAGCCAAUUCAGAUCCAAUCUAUAUUGCUUAUCAUGAUGAGGAAUGGGGAGUUCCGGUGCAUGAUGACAACAUGUUGUUUGAACUUCUAGUUUUAUGUGGUGCUCAAGUUGGAUCUGAUUGGACCUCAAUAUUAAAGAAACGUCAAGAUUUCAGGACUGCAUUUUCAGAAUUUAAUCCAGCAACUUUGGCAAACUUGACUGAUAAGAAAAUGACAUCUAUUAGUUUGGAAUAUGGCAUUGAUAUAAGCAGAGUUAGAGGAGUUGUUGAUAAUGCUAAUCGAAUUUUAGAGGUUAACAAGGAGUUUGGUUCAUUUGACAAGUACAUAUGGAGUUUUGUGAAUCAUAAACCUAUUUCGACACAAUACAAAUUUGGCCACAAGAUUCCAGUGAAGACAUCAAAAUCAGAAAGCAUAAGCAAAGACAUGAUUAGAAGAGGGUUUAGGUUUGUAGGCCCCACAAUGGUUCAUUCUUUUAUGCAAGCAGCUGGCCUCACUAAUGACCACUUAAUCACUUGCCAUAGGCACUUGCAGUGCACCUUAUUGUCAUGCUAAUCAGCAUGUUUAAUGUGAUAAUUAACUAUAGUUUAGUUUUGAUUAAUGUGUUGUGUAUAAUAUAAGAUAGGAACAAAAAAGUAUUUGUUUUCAAAGUUAUGAGAUGUGAGGAGUUUAAAACAGUUUGAGUGUGGUUUGUAACUGAUAGUUGAGGAGAAAAAAAAAUUGAUUUUAGAAAGAAGAAAAAGGUUUAGGAUUGUGUACUAUAAGUUAAGUGUGUGUUUUGUUGUAUGAUGUGAAAAUUAAUUUUGAUUGAAUUGAUUAUAUUAAAUAUGAAUUUAAAAUAAAAUAGUUUAUUUUUCAA